GGCGCUGCUGCUGGAGCAGGAGCAGAAGGUAAACGGCCGGACGGGCUGGCCGCAGCACGUCUGGGCUCUGGAGCUCAAGUAGCCGGAGGCCUGGCCCGGCCAGCAGCCCGGGGCGCCGCCCCUGCAAGGCCGGGCUCGAACGACGCACCCCAGUACGCCGGCGAGUCUGGAGCGGCUCCCCUCGCUCCCCAGCUGCGCGAACCCUGGCCUGGCACUGGAGUGGGCCGCAUCCCUGUCUGGCGGCGGCGGGCCUGGAGGGACCUGCCGCCAAUCGGGCCGCAUUGUCGUCGGUCGUGAGGGUUCGUCCUGAAGGCCUGGCCAGUCGGACCUCGACUGUGAACUGGCGUGCUCGGCCGCUCGGAGCGCGGCACGGACUGCUCGCACGGCCGCCGACUCGGACCAGCGCUCAGAGAUCUCGGCCCGGCUCUGUGUACACUCACUGGGUGACGUCUGGCAGUCCGACCCCGGAGCCGGGAGCGGGCGCCGGUGCCCCCUCUCCCCGGCGGGCAGAGCGCAGCACUCCGGCAACUGGGCAGCAGCGUCGAAUGCGUCUCGUGCCCCGUGGCUCCCGGCACUUACCUGUGUCGACGUCGCCGCUUCGACGACGGAUGCGGCGGCCCAACGCGGGUCGGCUCAGUAUCGAUGCACUAUACUCAGCUGAGAGCGCUGGUGACGUUUGAAGCGAAAUAUGCGGCCGCCUGCCGACAGGACACACAGGCUGCUGGUCAGCGGCGACGCGCGGCACCAUGUCGCAGCUGCUUUUGUUACUUUGUUAUUUGUUUUAUGAUUUAGUCAUGGCGCUUGUGUUACAUUACGGGCCGGCGACGAAUGCGUACAUAUAUCUACAGACACGUGCGCCAGAAUGUGAGAGCCAGCUGAAUAUGGAAACGUCUCGCCUAAUGUGAGCCUAGUUGAGAACUGGGGAAGGUGUAACGUGAGCCUGGGUGGAAGUGGCGUCGGGAGCGUGAGACCUAUUAUAUGGGGUGCGUAUGAACAGUGCUGAUUGCUGAUUACGCCAACUCUGGAUAUCUACUGAGUUUACUGGUGUCUGAAGACUCUUACGCAGUGUAGCGGGGUGUCGUACGUGACCUAAAUGUGAAUGGACUACAAUAUUGUACGUGUUCAUGAACCUACAUUCUUGCUGCGCCGUGAUUCUCAACAAUAAAACGGCACGAUCA